GACAAAAGCGGAGCGGGGACUUGGCAGCGGCGCCCGGCGGCUCCUCAGCUGCCCGUGGCACGCAUGGCUCGCCGAGGAGCGGCCGCCUCCCGCGCGCCCUCCCUCCUGCCACCCGUCGCCCGCUCCCCGCCGCUCCGCUACUGCUCGGCUCGGGCACCGGCGGCGUCUGGGCCAGGGCGCGCGAGGCGCGGUGGCCGCGCGUCCUUGGAGCGGUGGCCUUCAGGCGCCCCCGGCAGUCCCGCUAAGCGGAGCGCAUCCCGGCGGCGGCGGCGGCGCCUCCCAGCCGCGCGCCCAGCGCCGGGCGGCUUGGGGACUUGCUCUCCCGCCCGGCCUCCCGAUUCUCGGGGCUCUCCGGCCUCUCCUGGGGGCCCUCGGCGUUUCCCCUCCUCGCCAACCUUCCGAACAAAGUUACUGAAGAACAAACCGGAUGGCCGGGCUUUGCAGGACGCACUGCCCGGCGGAGACAACGUCAGGUAAUGAAGCCCUUUCUGAAGGCAGGAAGAAACUCAAUGGUGUUUUGUGCAAAAGAGUCUUGAAUUUGGCAGAUUUUCCUUUUCCAGUGUAGAAAUAAAAAUUACAUGUCAUUUCCAACAGGAGCUGGAAUAGUUGACUGAUGAGAGUGGGAUGUCAUCAGGUGUGGGUGUCAUCAUGAAAUGCCCAGUGGAAACGCAAGUGGAUGAGAAUGAUGUGGUGGAAUCCUAAGAUAACUGGACACCUGGGAGAAGCCUGUUGUCAUUGCUCGGCAUUUACAGCACCUGCAAUUCAUUAGCUAUUCCUUAACCAAACCCUGUGAACUGGAUUCUUCUUUUAAAAUGAAAAAACAGAAAGAGGGACAAGGGAUAAACUCAAGUUAACUAAGAAAUUUUUUCCAUGGUAAUGUACACAGAUAUUACCAUGAGCCUGAAAGCUAGAGUUCUAUAUUGGGAAGAAAUACAUGGCCCCUACUAAGUC